CGGGCCGUACACUCGCCCGCUCGCGGCUUCCAAGGGCUGGCUUUGGAGCGGUGGCUGCGAGGCUGUGGGAAGCAGCGCCGACGAGGAGAACAAAGUUUUCGCAACAUUUGGGCACCUGACUCCGCACCUUUCCACGCGCCUGGCGUCCGGGGCGAAGCUGCUCAGCCUGGAAGAGGACGGGUUUGCUCUUGUUGCGGCUCUUGAGGGGUGGGAAGGCAAAAAAGUUUUAGGCUCUUUUUAUUUUAUUAUUUUAAGCCUGCGGGAACCUCGAGGCGCCAACUCUCCCCUCAGCUCUGCUUCGGGGUAGGGCAAGGGAUGUUCCUGGUCCGGGGAGCAGCCCCGGUUUCGCAUGGGAACUCACUGACUUGAGCGGCGUGCUCCGCGCUCCCCAGUCCUCGGAGAAAGUGAAGGCAGGCUGUUAAUAAUAUACACGCCGACUAUUUCUUUAUAGCGUGCCGUGGGUUUGUGUGUUUCUCUCUCGCCGACCGGUUUGGUAACCGGACCACAGGGUUUCCUUGGAGCUAUAUGGAGGGAUCUCAGCAUGGUUUGCACCAGGAAAACCAAAACUUUGGUGUCCACCUGCGUGAUCCUGAGUGGAAUGACUAACAUCAUUUGCUUGCUCUACGUGGGCUGGGUGACCAACUACAUUGCCACGGUCUAUGUGAAAGUGCAGGAGCCGAUCUCGGAGAAAAAGUUAGAGGAAGACAAAGGGGACACUUUAAGGAUUAUAGAAAGGCUGGACCAUUUGGAGAAUGUCAUCAAGCAGCACAUACAAGGCAAGCCUCCAGUGACCACCUUUCAAAGGAUACCAAACCCAGAAGCACCUCUGAAACCAGAAGAAAAUCCUGCAGAGGCUUUCACUGAUUCAUCCCUCUUUGCUCACUGGGGUCAGGAUCUGAGCCCCGAGAACAGACGUAUUGCCCUCAAACAAUUCCAGUAUUAUGGCUACAAUGCUUACCUGAGUGAUCGUCUCCCCCUGGAUAGACCAUUGCCUGACUUUAGACCCAAUGGGUGCAAGAAUCUCACAUUUCCAGACAGUCUUCCUGAGGUCAGCAUUGUUUUCAUAUUUGUGAAUGAAGCUCUCUCAGUGAUUCUGCGUUCCAUUCAUUCUGCUAUUGACAGGACUCCUGCUCAUUUGCUCAAAGAGAUUAUUUUAGUUGAUGACAACAGUAAUAAUGAAGAACUCAAAGAGAAGCUAACAGAAUAUGUUGAUGAGGUGAACACACGGAAGUCUGGGUUCAUCAAGGUGGUUCGACACAACAAGCAAGAGGGGCUGAUUCGCUCUCGUGUUAGUGGCUGGAGGGCAGCCACGGCUCCCGUAGUUGCACUCUUUGAUGCACAUGUAGAAUUCAACGUGGGAUGGGCUGAACCGGUACUAACCAGAAUCAAGGAAAACAGAAAAAGAGUCAUUUCGCCAUCAUUUGAUAACAUCAAAUAUGACAAUUUUGAAAUAGAAGAGUAUCCUCUGUCUGCACAAGGGUUUGAUUGGGAAUUAUGGUGCCGAUAUUUAAACCCACCCAAGUCAUGGUGGAAGUUGGAAAACACAACUGCUCCUAUAAGGAGCCCUGCACUAAUUGGAUGCUUCAUAGUAGACAGAGAAUAUUUCCAAGAGAUUGGUCUGCUGGAUGAAGGCAUGGAGGUCUAUGGAGGUGAAAACGUAGAACUUGGGAUCAGGGUAUGGCAGUGUGGUGGCAGCGUUGAAGUUCUUCCUUGCUCUAGGAUUGCCCACAUUGAACGAGCUCAUAAGCCGUAUACAGAAGACCUCACUACUCAUGUCCGAAGAAAUGCACUCCGAGUGGCUGAAGUCUGGAUGGAUGAAUUUAAAAGCCAUGUUUAUAUGGCAUGGAAUAUUCCUCAAGAGGAUUCUGGAAUUGACAUUGGUGAUAUUUCUGAGAGGAAAGCCUUGAGGAAAAAGCUGCAGUGCAAGACCUUUAGGUGGUACCUUGUCAGCGUAUAUCCAGAAAUGAGAAUGUACUCAGACACUGUUGCCUAUGGAGUGCUGCAGAAUUCUCUGAAAAGUGAUUUGUGCCUUGAUCAAGGGCCAGACACAGAAAAUAUUCCGAUCAUGUAUAUCUGCCAUGGAAUGACGCCACAGAACGUCUAUUACACAGGUAACCAGCAGUUCCACGUGGGUGUUCUAAGUCCUACCAUUGAUGAUGAUGACAACAGAUGCCUGGUAGAUGUGAACAGCAGACCCCGACUAAUUGAAUGCAGUUACGCCAAAGCCAAAAGGAUGAAGCUUUACUGGCAAUUUACUCAGGGAGGACCAAUCCAGAACAGAAAAUCCAAACGUUGUCUGGAGCUGCAGGAAAACAGUGAUAAUGAAUUUGGAUUUCAGCUAGUUUUACAGAAAUGUUCCGGCCAGCGCUGGUCUAUCACAAACAUCCUGAAAAGCUUGCCGUUAUAGACUUUCAGGAAAAACAACAACAAUCCUUCUACACAAUUCUCUUGCUACUGUGUAGCAACCGUUUGCAAUGUUGCCUGCUGUACUAUAUAUUUUUUUCUUCCUCUUUUAACCUUUGUGUGUGCGUGUAUGAGUGGCUGGGUGUUGGAUUUGUGGGCUGAGAACAGAGAUUUUUAUUUCAUAAUGACAUUUUCAUGGCAUUUAUAGAGAGAUGCUGAAUGACAGGUAAUGGUAGAAUAUCUUAAAAUAUUUUGCAACUGUAAAUAGGGAACAAAUGGAGAAUAUUUAUAACUCGGACAAUAAAAUUUUAUUGAUUAAAAACACA